AUGGCGGUGCGACGGGGGACGUGGCAGAGGCUGUGGCGGGGGGUGAGGGGGGUGGCUGUGCGGAGCACGAGUCUGAUCUCACAGCGGGCGCAGCAGAUGUCGACCAAGGCGGCCGAGCUGAAGCAGACCGCCGCCCGCCAUCGCGUGUCCCACAUUGCCAACCUCACGGCCAGCUUGCGUGAAGCGUACCCGGCCGAGCUCAUCCUGUGCCAGAACGGCAGCUUUUUCGAGAUUACCGGGGAUGAUAUCCAGCGACUGCAGGCUCAGAGUGUGCCCCUCCGCGUGUCCAACAACUUGCUCGCCGGCUUUCCCCACACUGCCCUGGAGAACUGGCUCCUGCCCCUCGCCGAAGCCUUUGACUUUCGCAUCGUCAUUGUUGAGCAAGCAACCAGGAAAGCAACUGACAAGGUGGUGCCACGCGUCGUGACACGAGUGAUCUCGCCCGGUACCCGCAGCCCCGAUCUCGACUGCAGCGAAUGUCAUCUAGUGGCCACCGCCUUUGACCCAAACUCCAAUCUCAUUGGCGUGGCCCGCGUCGAUCUGACGGCUGGCCAAAUCACAACCGCCCUCACCUCACGAUCCGAUGUCGACGACAUCCUCGCCGUCCACCCUGCCGAUGAAAUCCUCAUCCCCACCACCCACACAGAGGUGGUGCGGCCUCUGAAUACCGUCACUCCCAGCUCCGACCCUAACAUCGAUCCUAGCACCAGCUGGUUUCCUCAAAUUAGGCCCUCCGAGUCGAGCGCCUACACUGCCGUUCCCAUGUCCUACCUGACGUACAAAGAUGAUGCCAAACUGAUUCAGAAACUGACCCCACCUUUUGCUCACGAGAUGGAACGCCACGCCGUCGCCGUGCUGCUCAACUACCUCAAGCGUGCCUACGGCGGAGACCUACCCAGCAUCCUUCAGAGCGGCUCCGACCCCUUGCAAAAGCGGGAGACUGUUCACAUGUCCAAAGCAACACGUCUUGCUCUUGAACUGACUCAGGGCCGAGAGUCAUCGCAUCGCCUCGCUUCGACGCUCACCAAGGCGCCUCUCGAGAACGGUGCAGCAUCUACCUUGCAAGGCAGCCUCAAGCUGCUGCGCGAUCCCCGCAUCAAUCUCAGUCGCAAGAGCAACGAUAAACGCCGCAUGGGCGUACUCGAUCUCGCCGAGCUGCUGGCCAGCCUGCGCAAGGUACUGAUUGAAGCUCUUGAAGAUUUUGAUCACCCGACGAGCCACCUUUGGCAGAAAGAAGGCCGAGCCAUCUUGCAGAGUCCGCUGGCUGAGUCCUUGCUUGGAAUGUGCAUUGGCCCCGACAAUCUCCUUUUGGGUCCUCUGGACUUGAUCCCUCCGGGUUACUCAACCGAUGUCGAUGCCGCCCGCCGACAAUACGAAACUGAUAUGAGCAAAGCUACGCGAAUUAUUGACGAACUUAUGUCCGUUACCCCUGCGGGUUUUCUCGAUCUGAAUGGCCAAUUGUAUGGCCGAUGCGCCUAUCCCAUACUCACUUCUAUCAUUUCCUUGUUGCCUGCACACUCGUCUCGCAGCUUUCAAGCCAAAGCGGCAAAUCUUCAGGCCCAUGACUUUUGGGACGAUGAUGGAGCUGGGCUCAUUAUCAGCGGAGUCGGCGCUAGAAAGUUCAUGACGGCGCACAAAUUAAUUGCGCGCUCCAGCAAACUUCAGACCAAAACCAAAGCCAAAGGCUCGGCUACGCAGGAAUUGCUGAAGCAUUCUGCGCUUGCUACUCAGUCCCAAAGUCUCCUUGAGCUCAAGCAGAUGGCUGAGCUGCUGGCUGUUUACGAGCGAGUUGUCGAAGACAUUGCGCUUGUGAAUCGCAUCGUGUCCCUUCAGGCUGACAUUGAUGUGACCUGUGCUUUAGCGAUGGUAGCCCGCGAGCAGGACUACGUGCGACCCAAGAUCGUGGCCAAGCCCAUUCUGGAGAUUGAAGGCGGCCGCCACCCAGUCGUCGAAGCCAUUGGUGCCGCCAGCAUGCGUUACACGCCCAACGAUUGCCACAUCCCUGCCGGUGGUUUACAAAUCCUGACCGGGCCAAACAUGGGAGGCAAAAGCACCUACCUUCGCCAAGUUGCCCUUGCGGUCAUCAUGGCACAAAUGGGUAGCUUUGUGGCCGCAGACUCUAUGACGUAUGGCAUUGUGGACCAGAUUUUCACGCGUAUUGGCGCCGAUGAUAGCCUCGAGGAAGGCAUGAGUACCUUCAUGGUGGAAAUGAGUGACUUGGCUGCCGUGCUAAGCAAGAGCACAUCCAAUUCGCUGGUUAUUCUGGAUGAGAUUGGUCGAGGCACAAGCCCACACGACGGCCUAGCCAUUGCCUUGUCGGCGUUGCAACACAUUCAUGACGUCAAGGCGAAUCGAACCUUGGUGGUCACACACUACCACGACCUGCCACAUCUGACCAAGGACUGGCCCAAUGUGCAACUGAAACACAUGCGUUGCAUUGUCACGGAGGAUGAAGUGCUGUAUGACCACGAGCUUCAUGAUGGGCAUACCGACUUGUCGUAUGGGAUCGAAAUGGCGCGCCAUCUCUUACCAUCCGAUGUUAUUGGCACGGCGGAAGCCAUAAGGGCAACUUUGACAGAGCAUGGUUACUUGACAUUGACAGAAGAGGGCACGGCUCGGCUGAACCAGCUUGCACGAUCGAGCCGGUCUGAGCAACAGUGUUAUUCAGAACAAGAUGUCAAAGGAUGA